AGCCGCAAUUUAAACCCACGAAGAAGAAACAAGUUUCACAUGAAACAAAAUAGAAGUAGCAGACGCCGGUUUUGUUGUCUUGGUUAAGUUUCCAGUUUGUUUCUAGUAAAAAUGUCUUCAGUUCAUCAUCUGAGAGAGUUUAUCAGUGAAAGACUGACAGCUGCUGCUGCGGAAAUCUUCUCCGAGUUUGAAACAACCAUCCUGCGGUACGAAGAAGAGAUGGASCGUCAGCGCAGACUGCUGGAUCUCUGCUGGAAACCUGAACUAAAGCUGAACAGAGUCGACCUCCAACAGGAACCGGUCCACAAGAAACAGAUUAUCAAGGACCAGCAGCUCUUCAAGCAGGAGAGGAACUCCAGCCUGGACCAGGAGGGACCAGAACCUCCACAGAUCAAAGUAGAGGAUGAGGAGCUCUGCACCAAUCAGGAGGAAGAUCAGCUCCACCUGAAGCAGGAGACUGAUCCGGUUCUGGUGACUGUUUUAUGUGAAAAAAAUGAACCAGAUGAGGAGCAGCUCAUCUCUCAGAGUUCUGCUGGACCUGAGGACCAGAAUCAGGAUUCGGGGUCAGAUGAGGAGAUGGAUCACACAGAGGGUCAUCAUGGCAACCAAGCAGACCAAUCAGCAACAUCUGAGAGGUUGUUUUCUUGUCUCAUCUGUGGAAAAACUUUUUCAGAGCGGUUACUACUUUCCCGACACGUCAUGCUCCACAAAGUCUGCACCCAGAACUCUGGUAAACUGAUGUAUUGUUGUACCACCUGUGGUAAAAUAUGUCCUUCUUAUAGUAACUUAGUCGUCCAUAUGAGGAUCCACACAGGAGAGAAGCCAUUUCCCUGUGGAACUUGCGGGAAAAGGUUCAACCAAAAUACACAUCUUAAAAGUCACAUGAGAAGCCACACUGGUGAAAAACCAUUUCCUUGCAAUUUAUGUGAAAAACAAUUUACUUUAAGUACGAACCGUACCAAACAUCUGCUGACCCACACAGGAGAGAAACCGUUCUCUUGUACAGUCUGUGGAAAACGUUUUAACAUUAACGCAUAUCUUAAUCGGCACAUGAAAGUGCAUAGAGACUGAACUGAUGAUCCCGUGUUCAGGGUGGAGAAUGGUUCCUCCUGCUCGUCUUCAAACACUCUGACUGUGGGUGGGUUCGUCUUGUUCUUCAGAUGUUUGUGUCUAAAUUAGCUCUGAAACGUCUCAUUGUUGUCAGAGUGUAAGAUUCCUCUCACUGAUCUGUGAUGCUGGAUGUGUGCCCAAAAAAAAAAAAAAAAAAGUAAAGAAGGAAAAAUUGAAGUUUGGUUUUAUUUAUGAAACAUAAAGUGUUUAUAGCCUUUUUUUUACUGGGUAGGAUAGGGGAGGGGCCAGGUGCUCGUGGCGCCCUUGAAGAGAUGCUGCACUGGGCAACUGCCCACCUUGCCCAUAUCAGAAACCGCUGAGACACGAGGACAGAGUCAGACAGGAAGUGUCAUUUUCUAAAGGAGCCUGUAGAUGUUGGAGUGUUAAUACUCUGCAGAAUUUUGUCAGGAGGGACAGAGAAAAGACCACGAUUAGACAUCUUUCUGGAUGAAUCUGAGCAUUUUUACAUUUUUAAUUGCUCAGGUUUCAAACUUUUUCUUCAAGUCCAGCUUGUAGCUGUUUCACAGGAAGCUUUAGGGACAGAAAAAUGAUCAAAUUUCAUUUACAUUUCUGCUCUCUAAUGAAGUUAUAAUCAAAGGUAUAAAUUCUUACAUAAGUAUAUAUAUUUUAUUGUAUAUAGAAUUUAUUCAUUUUUUUAAAUGAAACAAACUUAUGAAAAAAAUACAGAAGAAAUUCUGUAACAUUCAGCUCUUCACAUCUUCAUGUGGCAGGAUGAAUUGCACCUGCUGGCAGGGUAAUUGUGCUGUUGUGGCAGCCAAUGACACUAGAGGGUGCUCCCUAUAAAAAGCACAGGUAAACUGCAGGUUUAGAUCAGUUGGCUGAGACACGUCACCAUGUGGUCCAGUGUUGUGCCUGCUGGGUGCCAAGUGCAGGUGAGGUUGGCUGUCAUGCACACUUGUAAUUGUUUCAGCACAGUUACUUAUAAACUUCUGCACCAGCAGAUAACUGUCGGCAUGUUUGCCCUCACCACUGAUUGUGAGUGUAGUGGCUGCUGUGGUCAGAGUUUGUGCCCUUAAAUGAUCUCCCCACAAGUGAGAGAGGAGAUUGGCAUGAUCGGUAUGUGGCCACUAUGCACUGAAUCUUAUUGUUAGUAAAUAGCUUUUAACCUGUUAAUGUAAUGUUUUAUCAGGAAUUGUGGGUGGCAGCUUUUAACUUGACCCCGUCAGCCCCGCUGCUGCUUUGCCUCAUUUUGAUUCUCCUGUGUUCCUACAAAAUGUUUGACUGAGGCGUGGCGCUCGAAGACACGUCCAUGCCAUGGAGGACGGGGAAGCACAGGUUUACUAUCCAACAGUCUGGUGGAAUCAAUUGUUUCUCUGCUGAUGAAAGACUACUUCUAAACCACAAGUUUCCAAUUUUAUCUGUAAAUUAAUUGUCUUUUUGGUAUUUGUUUGUUUCUAAUUUUGUUUUUAUUCUUUUAGCUCAGUGCUGAGGACCAGUGACAGUGGUGUGGUUGACCUGGAUGGCGGUGUCCCCCUUUUUUUGUGUGCAUGCUUGCGGUGAUCAGCACAGGUGGGGGGAAACCCAAGGAGUGAGUGUGGUUUCACGUGUGUUUGUAGUUUCUCUUUAGGAGCCGCUCGUCCAGAACAGGUCUGUUGGCACCUACCGGUAAGCCUCAGUAGCUGAGCAUUAGUAGUUUGUUUUUAAUCAGUCUUUCACAUUUUGUGUUUAAUAAAACAACUUUCUGUACUUGAAAA